CCUAUCCUGGGGGGUUAGCCCUGCUCUGAGCUCAGUGCCUGGGGGUGGGAGGAAGGGGCCCCAGAGGGGUGUUGGGGCUAGGCUGCAAACUGGUCUGAAAGGUCUGCAUCAGGACUCCCUGGCUGGUGCGGUGGGACGGCCUUACUGGCAGCUCAGUGCUGAGAACCACCAGCAGGGGUGACAGGCCAAUACUGCCUGUUCCUACAAGUCAGGUCCAAUACACUCGGAAGGCCCCGGUGCCCCCUGCUGCUCACAGGCGCUUAACGGCUGCUGGGAGGAAGCUUGCAUGGCCACAGCAUGUGUGUGCGUGUACUGUGAAGAAACUUACACUGCUGGAGAUAGCAGGGCAGCACUGAGGUUUCUACUGGACACUGCUGUAGGGAAGCUGAUGUUCCUUGGGUCCUGGCUGGGUACUGCUGUGAGAAGCUCGCAGCGGUGAGGUCCCUGUGGGGCACUGCUGUAAGGAAGCUUGCAGCACCAAGGUCCCUGCAGGACACUUGCAGCCCUGCUUGCUCAGGUUGCUGGAGUCCCAGCUGAGCCCUUGGGAUCUGCCCUGUGAUGUAAGGUGGCCAGACAGCAAAUGUGAAAAAUUGGGAUGGUGGUGAGGGGUGAUAGGAGCCUGUUUAAGACAACACCCCAAAUAUCAGGACUGUCCCUAUAAAAUCGGGACUUCUGGUCACGCCACUGUGCGGGGAAACUCCGCUGGGCUGAGACCCGUCGCAGUAACCCAGGUUGAGCUCUGAUUGGCUGCAAAGAAGCCUCAUUAAUAUUCUGAACGUUGUGUAACAAAUUCCGGCAGGAACCAUCCUGCAGAAGGGGCGGGGGGAGGAGGCUGUGCCGUUAAAACCGCUGCACGUGUUUUCAGUACAACGUUGCCCUGGCGGGAGCCUGAAACCGCUCUGAUCACGCUCAGCUGCACCAGGGGCAAAGGCCGGGCUGGCUCAGCUGAUGCCUUUCCCCACCUUUAUUUUCCCCGUCUCCCCUCUAUGGUGCCACAUGGUUGGGAGCAGAGCACGAUGGCCCCCAAAACGAGGAAGAGGAAGGCAAAGGAGCCUGAGGCAAAGGCUGUGAACUCCGAGGACCUGAAGGCGAAUGGCAGUGCCGAUACGCAGCCAAAGAGGUCACGGGGUGAGGGAAGUCAGGGCCCGGGCCCACGUGUGGUUAUUGAGCAUUGUAAGAGCUGACGAGUCUACGGGCGCAAUGCCGAUGCCGUGAGCCAGGCGCUGCGCCGCACCGUCACCAACGUGGUGGUGGUGAUCAACCCCGAGACACCACGCAGGAACAGCUUCGAGGUGUCCCUGGUGAAGGAGGAUGGAAGAACGGUGGAGCUGUGGAGCGGCAUUAAGAAAGGACCACCUCGCAAGCUCAAGUUCCCUGAGCCACAGAAGGUGGCUGACAUGCUGAAGAGCAGCUUGGUCUGAAGCAGAGCUGCACAGAGCAGCUGGGUCUGGGACCCAUCCAUUCCUGGCGUGGUCCGGAGCAUCCAUGAUGAGGCAUGAUGAAGUGGGGGGAGAGGUCAAUGGCCAAACCUCAGUCAUGUCUCUGAUGCUGCAGCUCUUCCCACGGGGAGUGGUGGGCCAGAUGAUGCCACACUGUCCUUCGCUUCUGCUCUGUUCCCACAACCAUCCUCUGGCCUACCUUAGCAGAUGAUCUUUCGCUGGUUUGGGGUUAGACUUUUUUGUAAUAAAGCUUCUAAAAAAAACUUUUUGUAAGUGGC